CCCCCCGUCAGGGAGGCAGGCUGCUCUCUCUCUCUCUGUGUCUGUACAGGCGCAGUGUGUACAGCUCGGCUGGCCUCCCUCCGCACUUGAAUGGACUAGAUUCCCAGCCACGUAAGAAGCACAGCGGCACCACGGGAGAGAGGAUGUCCUGCUGAAUCGAGGGAUUGGCCUGGGAAAGUCGGCCGGCCGUCCCUUCCUUCCUUCCAUCAGCUUAUAUCAGCAGACAUACGAGACAGACGACACUUUUAUUCUAGACUGGACCCGCAGACAGAGAGAGGACGUCGACUCCCGCACACAAAGAGCCACAGCGGGCUUUUUCCGGAUGGGGGUUUCUCCUUAUGUGGUAGAUGACAAUCAAACGUGCAUGGAUAUGAUCCCGGGGAACAAGGCCGUGCAACUGACCUGGUACUAGUUAGCCAAGGGAGCUAACUAGUUAGCGCUGCACCUGCUAGCUCCUGUUUGUCUUAAAAAGAAAAAAAAAAAAAGUCAGCAGCUAUAGUUAGCUUGGAAAGUUGCUUUAUUUGUUUCGCUUUGCAUUUUUUUCCUUGCCUGCAAGCUGCCUCUCACUAAUUGUUUCCGUUUUAUGAAACGUGCCCUCAUACCAUUAACCGGCAAGAUAAGCUAGCAAGACAAGCUGCGGGUUUCUCUUCAUUCAUUUUAAAAAGCUAACUUUUGUCAGCCUUUGUUGCAGUUUGCUCCUGCCUGUUAAUGAAUCUGCAGCACGUCCGUGCUAAAGAUUUUCAUCCGGUUUUAGGUCAGUAAUUCUUUAUUAUUUUUAUUUUUACCCCCAGCUUCAUACAAUAAAUGAUGAAUGGAAAACAAAGGGGGCCAAGUGAACGGUAAAAAAUCAGAGAUUAAUUUUAGUUGCAUGAAAUUCAGCGAGCCAGUUUUGGCUGCACACAGUCUGCUAUAUUCUGCAAAGGCAAGGUGCACUUAAAUCGCUUCAUAUUUUCUUUUUUUUUUUUUUUUUGUUUUUUACUUCAUGCAAGCUUAAUUAAAGUACUGGACGGAUUGUCUUGCUGCACAACGAAGUGUUGCCCUGAUAGAAGCGGAGACGAAGAACGAGGAGGAGGAAGGCCCCCCCCCCCACGAUUUUGUGGAGAUAUCUCACUUAUUCCUCAUGAACAUACAGAGGUCAAAUCCAAUUAACAUUUCACGUUACGGGAGAUCGCGGCACAAAGCGCACGAUUUUGAAGAAUUGUCUUGCUUAAGGACUACAGAGUCGCACCAGAGUUUCAGCCCCAACCUCGGGUCUCCCAGCCCGCCGGAGACCCCGGACUCCUCGCACUGUAUCUCCCGCAUCGGGGACUACCUUUUGUUGGAGCCGCUGGAGGGAGACCACGUUUUCAGAGCCGCCCACCUGCACAGCGGGGACGAGCUCGUAUGUAAGGUUUUUGAAGUUGGCCGAUACCAGGAGUCACUGGCGGCCUACUUUGCCCUGGGCCAGCACCAGCACAUUAACCAAAUCCUGGAGAUUUUGCUUGGCGAGACACGGGCCUAUGUGUUCUUCGAGAGAAGCUAUGGCGACAUGCACUCUUUCGUCCGUACCUGCAAGAAGUUGCGAGAGGACGAAGCUGCCAGGCUCUUCUAUCAGAUAGCCGCGGCUGUGGCACAUUGCCACGACAAUGGACUGGUCCUCCGUGACCUCAAACUGAGGAAGUUUGUCUUCAAGAACGAGGACAGAAGCCUUGUGAAGCUGGAGAGCCUUGAGGACACAUACAUCCUGAAUGGGCAUGAUGAUUCCCUGUCAGACAAACACGGCUGCCCGGCCUAUGUCAGCCCCGAGAUCCUCAAUGCCAGCGGCAGCUACUCUGGGAAGGCAGCUGAUGUCUGGAGUCUGGGCGUCAUGCUUUAUACCAUCCUCGUGGGGCGCUACCCUUUCCACGACAUCGAGCCCGGCUCGCUGUUCAGCAAAAUCCGCAGGGGCCACUUCAACAUCCCCGAGACGCUGACACCCAAGGCCAAGUGCCUGAUCCGCUCCAUCCUCCGCCGGGAGCCGGCAGAGCGCCUCACCUCUCGGGAGAUUCUGGAGCACCCGUGGUUUGCCACCUCCGGGGCGCUAGGGGGCGCUGCAGCACACAGCAGAGGGGAAAGAGAGCAGGAGCAGAUGGUGCCUGAGGUGAACAUGGAAGAGGAGUUGGAGCAGUUCUUCAGCUGAGCAAACAUCAAGCACAAACGGAGGACUCCGCCACGGUUGGCUCGCCAAGCUCACAGCAGAGCCAAAAAACAGUAGAGUAGAAGUAAAUAGGUGAAUUUGUCACUCAUUAAAAAAAAAAAAAAAAAAAAAGGUGUUUCCAUCCUGUUUCCUUUGCCACCAUUUCAUGGAAAACCUUGAGUCCAGCAUGACAAAUGGCAUCUAUACAUCAUCUGGCAAUGCUCAUCCCGAUCAGGGAUGUUGCCACCAGAUAUGCAAGUUGCAAACAAUGUAGCAAAUGUUCUUUUUGGAUCUUUUUUUUUUUUUUUUUUGGUUUAAAUGUGGUGCUCAUAAAAGUAGACACAUUCACCAUUUUAUUUUAUUUUUGACACUAUGGAAAGCAUGAAGGGACAUACAAACACAGGAAUCCAUGGAGAACAAUUCCAAACGAACUGACAGACUCCCAACACCGCAGCUUUUUCUUAAUGGUUUCAUUUAGUUUGAUGUCAUAGCUUCAGGCGGUAAUAACUGAAACCACAGUCCCAGUGUCAGAAAUAACAGCCCCCACCCCCCAAGUUCUGACCCGGGAGCAUUGUUUAAACGGAGCAGGCGUUUUCUCAUUGUUUUGAUCAUCAUUGAGACGGCUGACCUCGCCCUUGUCUCAUGGUUUAAGUUUUAUGUUGUGUUUCCGUGUCUCAUUUGUCAGUUUUAUAUUACUAAAGAUUCUAACAUAGUCACUAAACUCCUCAAUGGCCUUGUCUUUUAUGUUUCCACCUCCUCUGUCUUUUUUUUUUUAAAUAACAUUAAUUUUCUAAAGCUUUUUUUUUUUUUUUUUUUUUUUUUUUUAAAAAGCUAUUCCAAUCUGUUGUUACUGCUGCUUUAAUGUCACUCUGUACACCUCAGUCAGCCUCCCCACACGGUAUCAUGCGCUUGAUGUGUUAGGUGAAUGGACGAUUCCACCUCUAAAAUUAGCUUACUUUCUUCUUCUUUUUUUUUUUUUUUUUAAUUUAAAUUCAUUCUUCAGUUGUAGGAACAAGAACAUAACAUUUUAUUUAAAUUGUAACAGCUAUAUUAUAUAUAUAUAAAUAAAUAUAAAUAUAUAUAUAUAUAUUUAAAACUACAUUGCAGGGUUUUUCUUUAUCCAGAGAUUCCUUUUUCAUGUAUGAUGUAGGCAAUAUCUUGACACAGGACAGACGCCAACAGAAAAAAAAACAAAACAAAAAAAAAAAUGUCUGUCUGAAGUUUUAGAAUACACAAUAUCUUCUGUGCCAGUAUUCCUGUACCCCGACAGCCCCAUGCCACCCAGUCUCCCCUCACUUCUUUUUUUAAAAAAAAAAAAAAUAAAAUUGCUAUGAGAUAUUCAGUGAUAGUAUUGCUAUGACAUGCUCACUCCAGAACCUCAUGUUAGUCUUUUCUACUCCCUGCGUAGGUUCUGUGGAACGGUCAUGCUCGGAAAAAUGGGUACCAGUGGACACGUUUUGUCGUAUCUCAAUGUUACUUGAAUUUGUGUUUUUUAACUAGACAUUGGCAUGUGCUCCAUGAAUGCUAUAGCCUGCCUAGCA